GUGAAGGAUCGCGCGGAAUGCCUCCUGGCUCUCGAGCCUUAUUAUGGAGCUCUUGAAAGGCGCUCUGAGCGCGAGACCCUCUGCACGCCUUUUAUUAUGGAUUUAAUAGCACGUGUGAAGGGGAAAGAUACUCUUUAAAUUGAGUCAGCUGCAUUUCCGCAGACUAAAACAUUAUACUUGACCAAUAAACAUUAAAUAUUUCCAAAGAAAAUGUCCAGACAAAAGGUUUCGGAGCGACAAGGGAGCGAUGACUCGGACACGGACACGGACCUGCUGCUCGCGACGCUCUCACCGGAGGAGGUGGAGGAGCUCGAGCGAGAGCUCGUUUAUAUCGACCCCGACCCGAAUGUACCGGUGGGACUCCGCCAGCGGAACCAGACGGACAAACUACCGUCCAGAGGAUAUGACAGAGAGGCUAUGCUGGACUACUGUGAGCGGGAGACCAAGAAACUGAUCCGGAGAGAGCUGAGCGCAGAGGGAGGGGACGGCAGAAGGAGAGAUCGACUCCGCCGGAUGAGGAGCAGAGAGUUUUCCAGGUCGCAGAGUGGCGAUCCUCCCGACACAGAGAGCAGAAAUACUGAGAGCGAAAAAGAUAAGGAGAGAGCAAGACAAAGGGAGGAUGACUCUAGGAAUGUAUCUGAUGAAGAAGAAAAAGGCAUAGAGAAGAAAAGGGAGGAGGAGAAGAGAGAAAGAGAGAGAACAGGUAAUAAGACAGAAAGUGGAAAAGAGCUUUCUAUGAAAGAAAGAGGAAGCAGCAAAACUCUAGACCUCAUAUCUAAACUGCAAGAGAAAAAAGAGGAUAAGAAAGAAAGAGGGAGGAAGGAGGUGAAAAAAGCAAGUGAAAACUCCAAAAUACGAGGGUUUGUCUCCAAACUGCAGGGGGAUAAAGACACUGAAGACCUAAAAGUAAAAGACAAUGAGGCAGAUGUCAAGAAACAAUAUGAAAGCAGAAAUAAAACCAUAGAAGAACCAAAGAACAACAGAGCAGGAGGUAGAAUAAACCUUAAAGAUGAAGAAACAGAGGAGAAGAAAAGCAGAUUUAGAAAUAUAGAAGAAAGAAGCAGAAGAAGAGAGAGAGAAGCGGAGGAUGAGAAACAUCACUCACAGAGAGAUACAACCAGAGCACAGAAAGAGAGUGAAAAAGAAGAAGUGAAAGAAUCAGAAAACAACGAGGUGAAAAUAUCUACCAUUUCCAGCCAUAACAGCUCAUUGAACUCUCAUGGCUUGGAUGACCGUUCUGUUACUACUGAGGAGGAUGAGUCUUUUAGCGAAGAUAUGGACAGUGACACUGGCUUCAGCAUGUUUGAUGACCUUCUGGAGCAGGUUCGCAGCGAUGACCCUGAACUAACAGAGCUCAUCGUCAAUAAUUCAGACGCCAUUAAGACAGACACCCUGAUACAGUUAGCAGAAGGUCUUCGCAGCAACACUCACAUCAAAACCUUCUGCCUUGCAAACACGAGAGCGGAUGAUCAUGUCGCGUUCGCCAUUGCUGCAACUCUACGAAAUAAUUCGACCCUGACCAGUAUCAACCUCGACUCGAAUCAUUUGACAGGCAAAGGCAUCCUGGCCAUCAUCAACUCUCUUCAGCACAACAGCACGCUUAUGGAGCUGAGGUUUCAUAACCAGAGACACAUUUGCGGAGGGAAGACUGAAAUGGAGAUGGCCAAAGUCUUACGUUACAACUCUUCACUGCUGAAGCUGGGAUAUCACUUUGAGCUGGCUGGGCCCAGAAUGGCCAUGACGAACAUCUUGAGCCGAAACAUGGACAGGAAGAGGCAGCAACGACUAGAAGCGCAAAAACUCGCCAGACAGGAGACCGCCUCCACCCCAUGUGAAGAUAAGAGCUCACCUGAGAAGAAUAAGCUAACAACAUCGCCCAUCAACACUCAAAAGAAAGACUCUAAAUUUGCUGCCCAUUCAAAAUUCACUUGUGCUCAGGAAACUCCCAAAGCUCCGCCCACAAAGCUACUGUCUAGACACCUCCCAUCUGAGGUAACAGGAAAGAAAGAAGGUGCAACAGGAAGUCGACAAGCUCCUCCUCCACCACCCCCUCCCGGCCCAGCGUUAGAUGUUCAGGCCCUGAGGAGGUCGCUGACCCCGAUCUCUCAGAGGAAGCCAGACAGCAGUGCAGCUAUCCAACAGACGGACAGGAGCUCCAGAGAUCAGCUGCUGGACUCUAUCAGAAACAGCAACAUGAACGCUCUCAAAAAGGUUGAGAUCCCUAAGCGGUUGAGAUAGUAUCUGUCCAGUGUACGUGCUUCUACCUUCAGAUUCCCCUGCAGUCCUCCAGUGCCCCGUCAUCAUGGAGGAGUCACUGAAUCCUCAAGUUGAGAUUCCUCCUUAACUGGCUCAGACACUCCGAAAUACAGCCAGUUUGGAUUAUUUGAUAUCUAAACAUUUGAGGUGGGACACUUGAUUUUUCCAGAACUGACAGCUAAGCAGUCAACAGUCAAGCUUUGAGGGGCAUCUGUUGGUGUUUAAGGAUCCUCAGAGAAAGAUUUGUCAAAUAAAUUAGAUACAUUUUGACUAUUUGUUCUCAACUUUUGGCAUACAUACAACAUUCUUAAAUACUAAUAUAUAAUAGUCUUAAGUACUAAUCAUUACUCUGUCUAGAAUGCAGUAUGCUAAAUAAACCUCUUAAAUAUUCUCAAAAAAGCCCCAAGUAGUGAUCUUCCUUCAUGGUAUGUGUUUGUUAAAUAGCAGGACCUUCUACAUGAGAUCUAUAAACUAUUCUGAUUAUGUAUGUGGUAUUGUGUUCAAUUUCAUGUUCAAUCUGUUUAUGGCCAUGGAUUUUUCAUCUUU